CCAACCGUCCCGAACGGACUACGGUAAUAUGCCAGACGAUGUAGGCAUCACGACCAGUUCACGUGCUCAAUGUCGGGCACCGGAUCACCAUGUUGCGUUAUAGGUUUGGGACUUCGACUGUCACUUGAGUCUCACAGAAUAUUGCGAUUGAGAAACCAUGCCUACAUACGCCAUUCUCGGUAGCACAGGCAACUGCGGCUCAGCCCUGAUGAAAAACCUUCUCAAAUCAAGCGACAACAAGAUCAAUGCCUACUGUCGCAAUAUGGCCAAGCUCCACCAAGUGACCCCCGAAGCCAUAGACAACAAGCACGUGCAAGUCUUCUGCGGCAGCAUUGAUGACGUCGAACUCAUGGUUGAUUGUGUUCGCGACACCGAUACGGUCUUUAUGGUGGCAUCGACGAACGAUAACAUUCCUGGAUGCUGCAUCAGUCAGGACAGCGCUGCUGCCGUCCUUGCCGCCUUACAGAAGAUAAAGGCCGAAGGGCAACCAGGACUCAGGUUGCCUAGACUCGUACUUCUCAGUUCAGCAACGAUUGAUCCCUAUCUUUCGCGCAACAUGCCCGCUUGGUUCCGGCCCAUCAUGCUCGCCGCCGCUUCACAUGUGUACGAAGAUCUUAGGCUGGCUGAGAAGCUUCUGCGAUCGCAUUCCAACUGGCUAUCGACCAUCUUCAUCAAGCCAGCCGGUCUCUCACCUGACGUGUCGCGCGGACACCGAUUGACCCUCAAUGAAGAAGAAAGUUUCAUCAGUUAUCUCGAUUUAUCAGCUGCCAUGAUUGAGGCUUCGCAGGAUCCAGAGGGGCGCUUCGAUGGAAGAAAUGUGGGCGUCGUGAACGCGAAGUCGGGGGUGGGUGCCAAGUUUCCACGUGGCACUCCUAUGUGUAUUCUGAUGGGGUUGACAAGACAUUUCUUCCCGUGGCUGCAUGCAUAUCUACCCACUACAGGGCCGGCAUAAUUCUCGUUUCUUGUGUCAUAGACGUGUGUCAAUAUGAAUGUAUGUUCGAAAUGAAAAAGGCUUUUUGGGAUUUGAGAGAUAGCUGAGCAAUGGUACGCAACAUAGGCAGAGUAGCCUCUGAGGCAAGUUCCAACUGUUCAGAUCAACUGAUGGUUGAACACAAUUAUG